AUGAAGCUUAGUGAAGUAAUGGAUGAUUUGUCGGGAAGGUUUAUUAUGUGCUUGCCGCUGUCUGAAUUUAAGAACACAGAGAGGCUUUUUUUCCAAAUAGAGGAAGCACACUGGUUUUAUGAAGACUAUUAUCGUAGAAAAUUUAAUUUGCCAUACUUGAAUUUGAAAGACUUUACAUUCCAGCUCAUAACACACAAUGAGCAUCUCAAGAGUGUGCUGAAGAUGGAUGAAGAGUUUAAAAAGUUCCUGCGGUAUAAAAAAACAGUGCCUGUGUUUGGAGCACUAAUAUUUAACACAACCAUGACAAAAAUACUCCUUGUUCGGGGGUUUGGGCCGAGGCAGUCAUUUACUUUUCCACGAGGCAAAGUAUGCAAGUCAGAGAGCAACAUUGACUGUGCAAUUAGAGAGGUCUACGAAGAAGUGGGCUAUGAUAUAAGCAAUAAGCUUAUAUCAAACAUAUUUCUUGAGACUGGAUCAAAAAGCAAAGAGUCAAAGCUGUUUAUUAUUAUGAAUGUGCCAGAGCAGACAACAGAAUUUAAGACAAAGACCCGAAACGAGAUAAAGGAAAUAAAGUGGGUGGGAAUCGAUUGCUUGGAAAGAGAGCCCUCCGAGCAGUUUUCCUAUGUAAAAACGUUUGUAAAGGAAAUUAAAAGCCUCAUACGAAAAGUUGAUGCAGAAAAGCCUAGACUCAACCUAAACUCGAUAAAAAAAGCAUUUUGUGCUAUUUAA